CUACGAAAUAAUGGGAAGGGUUUGCGUUACAUCAGGAGUGAUCUGACUGUUUCUGAAAUAGUAUUAUUUUCCCUUUGAGUAGCUGUUACGACCAUUUGGCUAGUGGCUACUACACUACAGUCAAUUUCUUUUAUAUAUCAGACCUAUUUGUGACUGGUACACCACUGACAAACUUUAAUAGAGUAAAAGAUUUCUCUGAAUGAGCUGCAAACGUCACUUAAGUUUAUAGUGAUUUGAUUUCACUUAAACUGCACUAAAAUAUUAUUAUUCUGUUCUUUUUUAUUCAUAUACUGCGAUGUAAAUAUUACACAAUGCAAUACGAAAGUUCCGAGGACGCCAUAAUUAUAAUAUAGCGCGCCGCAUAUCGUAUUUGUCGGCCAUUGAAAGAACACGAUAUCGGACAUUCGUAUAAUUGACAGGUUGUCAGCAGACAUUACCAAUAAUAGGCGGAAGAACUUUUUCUGUAGCAGUGGUCGGCAACAAUAAUUUAUUGUUACUGUUGCGAAAUACCAGAAUGAAUAACAAGCGCUCGUUUAUUUGUAUAAGUGCGCUCUUGGCUCGUGAGUUUUGUCGGAAUUGCUUGUUAAGUGAAUAAAAUGUUCGGUUCGAUUUGCGAAAGACAGUUGAAAGAAUAUGUAAAUUAGCUUCUUGUCAGUACGUCUGUUAGUGUUUAGUGGAACAUGACAUAAGUGGAGUUAUUUAAAAAUACCGCUUCUUUAUGAUUCAGGCGGACUCUAUCAGUAGCGCUUGCAUCGCCGCUGGAUUUAACGGAUCGAAUUCGUACACAAGUCAAGUUUCCAAGAGUAAGAAAACGCUGUAUAUAGCUACGAAAGCCUGGCGGGGCUUGUAAAUGCCCGGUUACCGUGCUAGAUAGAGUAUUUGCACUCAUGAAGGCGAUAUCACCGUCUUGAAGAAAACCGUGUAUGAAGGGUGUUGUUGGGCCGCACUCACUGCGCUGAGUUAUUAAUGAAAAUGACGGAAUAUAAGUUGGUUGUUGUGGGAGGUACGAAGGCCAGACGGAUGCGGUCAUCAAUGCACAGCGUGUACACCAGGGCUUGAAGGAGUGGCUUUAGCACUGCUGAAAAAUGCACCGUCAACAAGCUCACGGCAUGUUGUAUGGGAAAUAGGUCUGGAGGUGUUGGGAAGAGUGCCUUGACAAUUCAACUUAUCCAGAAUCAUUUUGUGGAUGAAUAUGAUCCUACAAUAGAGGAUUCGUACAGAAAACAAGUUGUAAUUGAUGGUGAAACAUGUCUCUUGGAUAUUUUGGACACAGCUGGUCAAGAAGAAUACAGUGCAAUGCGAGAUCAGUACAUGAGAACAGGAGAAGGCUUCUUACUGGUAUUUGCUGUAAAUAAUGCCAAGUCUUUCGAAGAUAUCAGCAUGUACAGGGAACAGAUAAAGAGGGUGAAAGAUGCUGAGGAGGUACCAAUGGUUUUAGUUGGAAAUAAAUGUGAUCUCCCAACUCGGGCUGUUGAUAUAAGCCAAGCACAGGAGGUUGCCCGGCAGUAUAUGAUACCAUUUGUUGAAACCUCAGCCAAAACACGACUUGGUGUUGACGACGCCUUUUAUACUCUUGUCAGAGAAAUCCGGAAGGAUAAAGAGCAUAGAGGGAAAGACAAAAGAAAAAGAGUGCGAAUAAGUUACAGGAGGAGACAAUGUUGUUUACUAUAAUGUACCAUACAAAAUGUGAGAAUAGAUUUCUC